AGUUGGAGGCAGGCCCAGAGCCGAGAGCACCAGCGCUGAAGCGUGCCCGUCACCAGGGACGCUGUUGGCAGCAGCGGUUCUGUGUGCUGCUUUCGGAUAAGAAAACACUGACACAUUUCCCAAGUGAAGAUAUUGCAAGACGUUGUCUGCAUAACCGAGUGUGGGGUGCAGACUGGGAGAGAAUUCUUCCUGAAGAAGACGAGGGUCCACUGUCGGAGACAGGCUCUUUACGUGAUGACCGUCUGCUGAGCUGCUGCUCCCCACCAGUUCAGAUUAAAUGGACGUUCAGGUCUACUAAAGCUGUUUGUGUGGGAAUAGAGGCAGCCCAGGAGCGUAGCAGUGACGAGGUUCGCCAGGGGGGCAGUGCCACUAGCACCCCUGUCUUGGGGUCACGGGUGCCAGAUGCUACAGCCACGCCGUCACGAAUUGUGAGCUUCUUCUCAAAGCGAUCCUUGAAGCAGAACCCCUUGAAGCGCACAAAGAGUGUGAGCAAGCUGGAGCGGGCGCGACGGGCUGAGGCGCCACAACCGCGGCUCCGUGGUUCGCGCUCACACGAGUCGCUGCUGCAGUCGCCUGGGGGCCCCUGGGGCCUGGAGGGGGCCAGGCUGGGUCCUCUGCAUCCAAGCCUCCGAAACCACCCCGCUCAGGGACAGGCCUGGGGCCCUGCCCCGCGGGGUGCAGGCGAGCAUUGGUUUGAGCUGGCACCUCGUGAUGGCCCUGCUUGUGUAUACGCCUGCCGCUCUCGGCAGCAGUGCCUGCACUGGUUGGCACGGCUGCGACAGGCUGCUCAGCCACAGCGGGAUGCCAUACGCCGGACUGAGAAUGCUCUCCGACUUUGGGUGCUAGAGGCCAAGGGCUUGGCACCGAAGAAACGGUACUUCUGUGAGCUGCGUUUAGAUGGAACACUAUAUGCACGCACCUCAGCCAAGCUCAAGUCCCAGCUCUGUUUCUGGGGGGAGCACUUUGAGUUCAGCCACCUGCCUGCUGUGAACACCUUGACGGUGACUGUGUUUCGGGAGGCUGACAGGCGCAAGCGACGUGACAAGAGCACAGCACUGGGAAUGGUGACUGUUCCUCUUGUGCCUGCUCGGGCUCACCAUGUAACUGAAAAGUGGUACCCUUUGGUGCCUGAGCUGAAAGGGCCACCAACUCCUGGAGCAAAGGAGAGCACGCCUCCCUCAGUGAGACUCAAGUGGCGCUACCAGUCACUGGAAGUGCAGCCCUUGGCUUCCUAUCAGCCUUUCCUUCAGUACCUGAAGCGGGAUUUUGGGCCCCUAUGCCGGCUCCUGGAACCUGUACUCGGAGUUCGCCUUAAAGAGGAAAUAGCCACAGGCCUUGUGAGCAUAAUGCACAGAGAGGAAAUGGCCCAAGAGUUCCUUACUCAACUUGUCAUGGCUGACCUUCAAGACCUAGGAGACCAGCACCUCACUUUUCGUGGCAACUCUCUGGCAACAAAGGCAACAGAGGCCUAUCUCAAGCUUCUUGGGGAUGCCUACCUUCAAGAUACCCUGGGCCCUUUUAUUCGAGAUGUUUUGGCAUCGAACUUGGACUGUGAGGUUGAUCCAGCCAAAGUGAGUGGUGGUAGUGGUGCUUUGCAGCGGCAGCAAGCUUUGUUACGACAGCGAGUCCAGCAAGCAUGGCAACGUAUUACUCAGUCUGCACAUUCAUUUCCAAGGGACCUUCGCAUGCUAUUUCACGGCUACCGGCAACGACUUGGAGGUAGUACCCACGAAGAGGAACUUUGCGACAAUCUUAUCAGUGGUUCCAUCUUUCUGCGGUGCCUGUGUCCUGCCAUUUUGUCUCCAAGUCUUUUUGGCCUUGCACCAGAAUAUCCAGAUGAACGAGCUGCUCGAAGCCUGACGUUGAUAGCCAAGACAAUCCAAACCCUUGCAAACUUCACAAGGUUUGGUGGCAAAGAGAGUUUCAUGGAGUUCAUGAAUGACUUUGUGGAAAAAGAAUGGAGCACAAUGAAGACUUUCCUCAAGGUUAUUUCGAGUCCAGUCAGCACUGAGCCAAAUCCUUCCGGAGCAGAGGCUGGCAUUGAGGUUCCCUGUGUUGUGGACCUCGGUCUAGAGCUGGCCCAGCUGCAGAUGAUGCUCAGGGAAUGCCUUCCACAACUGGAGGGAAAGGAAGGUGAAGCUGCUUUGCGAGCUGCUUUAGAUGGCCGACCACGCAGUAGAGGUCAGGUGUUGUCCUGCUUGGAAGCAAACCCAGCACCAGCACCUCAGCCUCGCUCAUCAACCUUGCCCAGGAGUGCGCUGGCUCCCAGUACCACAAUCCCUAGAGAACUGCCAAGAGCCCUUCCAGAUUUGCUUACCACUAUGCCCUCCGGACAGGGCCCAACUGCAAUGAGCCAUGGGCUACCUCCACAACCCGGUGGCUGCCCUCCGCUAGCAUUUAGUAACCCAGUCUACCGUUGGGGUGGCCUCCAAGAUCCUCAGCCAGAAUCUCUGACUGGAGGAGAGAGCGGCAGUAGUGGUCACAGCAGUGCAACUGAGAGUGAAGCCAGUGGUACCUCGAGCCCAUCUUCACCACACCUCUGGGAAGACAAUUUUUUAGGAGCUGCAGGUGAGCUGGCUGGAAGGAGUCGAGAGAAUGAUGAGAGGUUCCCACACAGAAGCCUUCGUGAAUAUGAGCGGGAGGUGGCCCAGCUGAAACGGCUGAUGGGCCAGCUGCAGCGCAAGCUCAGUCUAGCCGAGACCCAGCUACAACAGCAGCAGCAACACCCACUCUCAGCAACACUUAGUGCUGAGAGCACAGAGGAGCAGCAGCAGCGUCGACAGGAAAAGGAUCUGCAGAUGAAGAGCAUCAUCACCAGGCUAAUCACCGUGGAAGACGAGCUACGUCGGGAGCAGCGGGAGAUGCAGGGCAUGAUUCGGGCCAAACAGCAGCUGAUUGAUGCACAAGAGCGUAAGAUCCAGACAUUGGAUGCAGCCAACCAGCGGUUGCUGGGAGCUCUUGCUCAGUUACGCCAGCACUAUCAGGACCAGGUUCAGCUAGAGCCCCGACUGCUGGCCAAUGGUGCUUCCUCACCGCCACCACCAUCAUACAGGAGCAGCUCCUGCUGACAAUGUGUGCCCAUCACGUUUCACACAUGUACACUCUCAAGAAAAGACGCAUUGUGUGGCCUCUUCGUGGACAAGGCUCCCUCCCUACAACACUUUUGUGACAGUCUCAUCUUUGGUGGCUCACAACAAUUUAUGCAAUUUCAAACCUGUUAACCAGCAGUGUGCAGAUUCAUUUUGGGUGCUACAUAAUGCAAGCUUUUGAUACAGAGGCCUUUGAGUGGUUGUACAAUAUAAGAGAGGUUGGUAGUAGUUAUCCUACUUUAAUCACCAAGCCAGUGGCCAAGAAGCUCUACAUGGGUUCUUACUCAAUAUCCCAUGGCUUUGUAAUGUAUGUGAGUGGAAGGAAUUGAUUUUCGUAUUUCUGUAGGAACUUGCCCCAAAAUUUUUUUCUCUCUUGUGUAUGAUGUGAUGCUAUGAUUAUAGUGAAGUUCAAAUCGAAGCAUUGCUUCCAGUGCACCAACAGCGCCGAUGUAGCAUUUCACAUUACCUCCUCACGCUAUUUUUUCCCAGUUUCACGUAAAUAGUGUAGAUUUUUCAAGGUUGCCCUAGGGCACUUCUGGCCUGAUUUAAGCACUUAGUCUAACACUGCAGUGCCUACAGUAUUAAGUUGUUGAAUAUGUCCCGUCUGGAUCCCGUGAGCUGCUUCUCCGUAAUGUUCUUUGUCAGGUAUCGCUGUUGUAAACUUCACUAUGUUUAAAAAAAAAGAACACCAGUAUCUCAUACCAGAUAUUUAAUAUUGGAGAGCUACUGUAAUGGACAUUGGUGAUUUCUCUUUUUUGUUCAUUUGAAAUCAACAGCUGCAUAUGUUUUAAUCAAUGCUCUUAAUGAUAUACGAUUAUAAAAUGCACUUUGUUCUUUCAUAUUCAGCAUAGGUAAAGCUUGUGUCUUGAAAAAAAAAACAAAAAAAAUGCUUGAUCCUAAUUAUGUGGCAUGUUAACUUGAAUCAUUGAUUUUUACUAAGAAGUAUAAGCAGUGCAUAGAUUAAAGAAAUAUUUGAAUGCAUGAACUAUGUGGCCUCCCUUAAAUUUGCUUGCAAAAAGUGAAAUGCUUUACUACUCUCCCCAGCUUAAGUGUGUUGCGUGCUUAGUUUCAUUUCAAGCAGUGACAAAUAAGUCCUUGUGUACAAACAGUAUGGUAGUAUGCACAAGCUUAAGUCAUGUUCAUUAUUACCUAUGCGGUACACUUACGUUGGCAAAGGAUAACUGAGCAGUUAAAUUUGCGUUGCUCACUCAAGUUUUAUAAUGAUUUCCAGGGUUAGUGAGAGUUCCUUAGCACUGUGCACAUGGUAUAAUGCUCUUAUGCAGGGCCACAGAGACCAAUGCAGUCAGUAGGAAGCUGGAAGCUCUUUGUUACUCUUGUCUCUUAGUGUUUUGUAACUGGGAUUUUUAAGGCUCAAUUCAGGAUCAGGUGAGAUAGGGCUGCAAGAAUUUAAUAUUACAUUUACUUACCAGUAUAGAACUUGGCAUUGUUUUUUUGUAUGUCUAUACUUUCAUUACAUUAGGUAUACUGGCCUUUGAUAUUUUUGUCCAGAACAUCUUUUGUGUCCCUCCCCUGCCUCCCUUUUUGUUUUUUGUACAUGUUGGAGAGAGUUAAGAACCGUGGCGGGGCAUAAUUCACUAAAAAAAAAAAAGAAACUUUUUCACGUCAAGAAAACAUGAUGCAUGAGGUUCCUUUGAAGUACCGGUAAUGUCAUGGCACAAUUGGCCACUCUGGUAAUGUAAGCUGAAGCUCUAAUACAAAUGCAAUGGCAUUGCUGAGAACUUUUUUUGUUGUUGCUUUUGUGUUCUUGUAUGUGCACCAUGUUCAGAAUGAAGUCCCCUCAGGAUCAGUUGGCUGUAACAAAAGGUUAUACUGCAAACUGUAGUAUGUGUUACAGGCCACCCUAGUCUGUUGCAGAGCAUGUCUAUGGUCACAUUUAUGUUAUCUUAAGGGGACAGCAUUAUCACUUUAAUGUGAACUUAAGUUGUACAUUUUUUACUUUCAGUAAUCAAAAUAUGCAGGCUUGAGCUUAAUUAACAAGCUUUAGCAAUUAUUCUGACAAUCAUAAAAAAUGUAGUGCAGUUAUGUUCUAUAGACUUUUGUAGAUGGUGCUUGCCAGGAGUAAGGAAACAAGCCCUUCUUGCAUAGUAAAACAGUUCUGUAUGUGGGCUGGCUGAGAAUGCUUGUGUUAAUAUUACUGUGGAUUGAAUUGAUUUGGCAGGAUCAUGAGAGCCGGCUAUGUGGCCUUCAAUGAUGUGCUAAGUCUUAAUGUGAGCCAUCAGUCUCUUCAAGACAGAUGUGUAAUGCCUAGUAUUGUUUGAAUAUAUUUUGCGACUAAGACAUAGAAUAUUUAUUGAACUCAGACUUGCACUAACUACAGUGGUUUUAUUUUUACCACUUUAUUAUUUUUUUUUUUCAUGUAUGUGUGUUAUCUCACAUAUAAAGCACUGUGCAGAGACCCCUAAAUAGCUUACAUUCAUAUUGUUAGUUUCUCUAAAGGCACAGUUGUCACAGCAAGAUCACCUUUCUUUUUAUUUAGCUGGAUAAUGUUGUUUGCAAAACUAAUGGCCAUGAAGAGAAGCUUUGUAAGCCCCCUCUUCUCUUCCAACAGCUUUAGUUGUAUGCUUUAUGAGUUUCCUUUUAGAAAGCUGUCUGGACAGUUGAGUCUACCUUACAGCAAGUCUCUAAUAACGUGCGGAGUGAAUCAUUACAAUAGGCCAGGGCUACUACUAGUGUGCUUUAUCGAAACUGUGCUUGCUAUUUACCACAUCUGGUAUUACUCAUGAUUGUCUUUGUUUGGGGAUGGAAUGAGAAUUCUGUCUGCAGAAGUGUUACGCUGAUGAAGCUGCCCCAUGCGAGGGUUCAACUUGAAUGCCUCUUGGAACAUGUAUCUGGCUGUCCAUGUGUUUUGUACUGCACACAUGCAUCUCUGUUGCACAAGUUUUGCAUUUAGAUAUUAUUUACUGUUCACACUACAAAUGAUGCAGCAGUUGCUCUAGACAAAGAAAAAAAUGUAUAUACAUAAGAAAGGUGUUAUGAAAAAAAGAAAUGGGUGUACAUUAUUACAACGAAAGCCGUGGUAAUACUUUUUUCUUUUUGUACAAAUUGCAGCUUUUGCCCGGCUACUGCAUUUCAGGGAUUGCUAGUGAUUAAAUGAAGCUGUCAUUUUUUUUCUUAUUUGUAUAAACCUUGUAUUGUUUUUGUUUUCAGUUUAACAGGAAUGUUGAUUCAUUUGCAGCAUAAAUGAACUUUUGGCAUCUUUGAAUAUUGCAAAUUUUAGUUGAUGUUGUACCCAUUUAUGUUUGGGUCUGGAUGUCAUCCUAGGUGUGAGCUUGUAUAUCUUCUUACGUUAUGCCCCACCAUGUGACGUUGAUGGCAAUGUUGUCAUUCACAGAUCCAUUACCAAAGAGCACCACUUUCUCUUGUGUAAAAAAAAAAAAAGUUUUCUGUUGAGUUUUAUGUGUGCCCAAGGACAAGUCGUUGACAGUAAGAGUACCGUUGCUCAUGUAACACGAUGCUCUGUGCUGUUGGUGCACACUCAGAUAUGUGCAUUCUGACAUGCAAUACUGUCCAGAGGAGCUUAUAGAGAACGCUAUACAUGUUAAAUGAAUACAAAUAUAGAUAUAUAUAUAUACAGACACAAAUACAUAUAUUAUUGCAAAGCAGCAUAUUGGGCUAGUUGGUUGGAAUUCAUUAUUGAAGGCCAUUAACAGUGUAAACAACAAAUGCUAACCAAAUAAACCUUUAGUUGUGAAUCAGUAUAUGUGUCUGCCUUCUUUUUGACUCUUGUUGUUAGCACUGUUACUUGCCUUCAAGAAAAGAAAUAUAUAUAUAUAUACACACACAUGCGCUAUAACACAUUGAGCUAUUGUUGACUGCUUUUUUGUUUGGUUUGCUGCCGCUUACACCAAUGCGAUCUGUCAAAAGGUGCACAGAGGUUGAGAAAUUAGUCACGGAAGUUAAACUGAUGCGAAGUGGUUUUGUAUUGGCACAUAUGUGUGCUCACCCCAUCUUCCAUGCAAGAUUUUGUGUUUUCUAGCAUCACUUUCAUUAACUUUGCAUAGAACAUACAACUGGACUAUCGCACAUCACAUGCACUCCUUGUAUGUCUAAGAAUUGCUCUAAAAUAUACUCUGCGCAUUCAGCAAGAGCAAAAUGAGGAUGCAUUAGUGUGCACUUGAAGCUGUGUUCUCUCUUUUAUUAGUCAUAACUUCCCACGGGCACCAAGCAGUCAUUGAGUAUAAUGAUGUGCGUAUUGUCUGUCACAUCUGAUACUACUGAACAGAGUGCAUUUGUUGCAUUGUAAUGUCUUUUUUUGUGGGCAUGAAAUUAGCCUGCUGGCUUGGCAGAACCAAAAUGUUGCCGUCGGGUGCAACAAACCUUUCCCGGUCUUUCUCUUUAUGAUCUUAAAUGUAGCAAGCAUGUUGCUUUGGUUCCACUGGUGGUACUUGUCUGUAAAGAAGCAUUGAACAGUAGCACCAAGCAGAUGUACGUGGUUAGCUUGCAAUAAUUUGCAACGAACGUCUACUCAAUUCACUUUUUCUCUUGUAUUUGUCAUGGCCAGUGUUAGUAAAAAGACUAUAAAGCAUAUCCACAAGACCGAUACUCGUACACAUCCUUGGAACGAGAUUUCAGCUUCAUCUAACACUGAACAUCUUUGUUCCUUAGAUGGCAGUGUGCCUUGUGCUGCAUACCUCGGUCAGAUGAAAAUAGGGAGAGGUGGGGAAGGCUGUUUACUAUAAGCUUGUGUCGAGUUUAGUUUCCCUGCCACACAUGACUCAUUUUUAUUAGUUGGUGGCACUUAGCAUUGUAUUGUAUCAAUCAAAUAUAUUUAUAUCUAUCAUUGCGCAAAGUUUUUGUAAAUAAAUUGUCUAUAUUUUA